AUGGGAAGUGGUGAGAGACCGAGGCGGAUUAUCCGUGAAUCCACUUUCACCAUAAUCCAACGUAAGUCGCCGCGUUUUCUGAAGAUCGUGGUGGACAGAGUCGAAAACGACGGUCAAACCGUCUCCUCCUCUGGAAGCUGUUCCCUUCCUACAAGAAUGCUACCGCCCUUCCCUGUUGACUUUUUUUCCAGUCGAAUGCACACUAGUGCCAAAACCAGUCCCCUGGCCAAGCUGCAAUUGAGUAUGUCACCAUCCUCCUUAUCGGACCUCCACAGGAAAGCAGACGAGAGGCAACGGCUGCUGAGCUUGGUUGACCUGAAUACCGCGGCUUCAAGAGACAGUUGUUUCGACUCCACCGGAGAUGAAAACCCGUGA